UACAGUACGACUUGACGUCAUUGGUACAGUACGACUUGACGUCAUCGAGAAAACUUCGCUGUGUUCGUAACCGAAACACACGCACAAGUGAAGUAGGUACAGACAACGACAACAGCUCUAUAGCACGAACGCGAAAGUCAGUACGUACCAGAGAUUGCCAGUCAGGUUUUGGUUGUACAUACAGUACAUGCUGAAUGACAGAGUUGUCGGUGAAGAAGGUUAUCAUGGCAGCUAGAAUACGACUGUCUCCUUUUGCAAUUGUGUUAACAGUUUCCAUUGGCGUGUUGCUUCUCUUUCUCUACAGUAGAGAUCGUGUUCUGUUUCAUGCACUAACUCGAGAGAAGGUUAGCAUUGGCAAGCUCUUGUCUGCUGCAAUAGAUUUAGCGGAGAGAGCUGGGAAGGUUGUUGCUGAAGUAAGAACGUCUGAUGGUCUUGGUGAAGAAGUAAAGGGUGAAACAGUUGAGGGAGCUAAGGAAUAUGUGACGAAAGGUGACAUGGCAUCACAUAGAGCCAUUGUUAAAGGACUGGUGAAGGCGUUUCCUGGCAUUACAUAUGUUUCAGAGGAGCACGAGAAAGAGACAGAAUUUGAUGUAAGUUUUCCAAAUGUCGAUCGGAAAGAAGUGAUGGAGAUAUCAAUGCAGGAUGACGUUGAAUUGUCGAGAGUGGCGGUGUGGAUAGAUCCGUUAGAUGCAACACAGGAAUAUACUGAGAAGUUGCUGCAAUAUGUUACUGUAAUGGUGUGCAUUACAGUAGAUGGUCGACCAGUGGCCGGAGUGAUUCACCACCCUAAUUUUUCUGCUGAAUUUCCUGCUGAAACAACAUGGGCAUGGGUUGGCCGUGGUGGUUCUGAAGGAUUGGUACAGUCUGCUAGUUUGACUAAAACCAGGGAAAUUACAGCUUCUAUGGAUCAUCUUAGUCUAAUUGUUUCUCGUUCACAUGGCGGGGCAGUCAAUGCAUCUGCAAGGAAAGCAUUUGGAUUAGCAACAAAAGUUGUUCUGGCUGGAGGAGCAGGAUAUAAAGUAUUGCAGGUGAUUAGGGGCAAGGUGGAUGGCUAUGUUCAUGUGACGUGCAUCAAGAAGUGGGAUAUUUGUUCUGGUGAUGCUAUUCUUCGAGCCCUUGGUGGGAAGAUGACCAAGCUGGAUGGAGAAGAGAUAGAUUACUCUGCCGAUAUCACCCCUAAGAAUGAAGGUGGUCUUCUUGCUUCAUUAACAAAUCAUGAAAAAAUGAGGAAGAAGCUAACUGCAUCAGGCACCCAAGUUUCACCAUGUCGGCACUAGGAACAAUUGGCAUUGUUAUUUAGUGAAGUGUGUUGUUAUCGCGUACUAUUUUGUGACAUGCAUGUAGUUAUGUAGAGUGGUGCUAAUAGAUUAUAUUACUAAUAGAUAAGCAGGUUUACAUCAUCA